UGCGCAAAACGAACGCAUCUAGUAAUCCCGCUGCUUGUCCUGUCACGAGCCCUGUCCGAGGCUACCGAGUAUCGAAUUGAGAAAUUAUUGACGACCUCGAAUUGUUUUGGUUUAGCCAUCGCGUGUACCUUGUUGGAUUAGGCAGAGAUAUUGUGAAAAUACGGUUGUAAACUGACUGAUCACGGUCAAUUGGUGAUGUAUUCCAACAUUUGAUAUAGCUAGCUAGCCAGCUAGCUACUAGCUGUUUAGCUAGCUUGCCUUGCGUGACUCACUCACUGACACUGUUCAGAGACCGAGUGGCUACAGUAUUUUUGACACUCUGCCUUUUCUCUGAUAUCUAUUUAACGUUUAAUAUAUUUAGUAGCGACUGACUAGAUAUAGUUAGUUACUACUGCGUGUAUCCUCACUAACAGUAGUAUACACCUCGCUUAAUUUGGUCGUAAACGACGGGAAGGUUUGAAUGAAUUUGCUAACGCGAUAGCCAGCGGAAACGUCGGCUAAUUAACGUGGAUAGCUAACUAGCUAACAUACACUGUUGGAAGUAAUCAUACCGCUAGGUAAUUUGUAGCUAGUGCGCUAGCAAGGUAUUGGUAACGUAACUCAAUUAAUGUUAAACGUCAAGGAUCAGAAACGGUUAGAACGUUCACUGGCCAUCAAGAAAGCUGACAUCUAAACGCCAGCUUACGUUAGAUAUAGUUGACCGUCGACUAUUCAUUUUUUACGGGAAGGGCCAGAGGACAGAAACCAGCAAAAAUGCCGGCUGUGUCGAAGGGAGAUGGAAUGCGAGGAUUAGCUGUGUUUAUUUCGGACAUACGGAAUUGUAAGAGCAAGGAGGCGGAGAUCAAGCGGAUCAAUAAGGAACUGGCCAACAUCCGCUCAAAGUUCAAGGGGGAUAAGGCUCUGGAUGGCUACAGCAAGAAGAAGUACGUCUGCAAGCUGCUCUUCAUCUUCCUGCUUGGUCAUGACAUCGACUUUGGACACAUGGAGGCUGUCAACCUGCUCAGCUCCAACAAGUACACAGAGAAACAGAUUGGCUACCUGUUUAUCUCUGUUCUGGUGAACAGCAACAGCGAGCUGAUCCGCCUCAUCAACAACGCCAUCAAGAAUGACCUGUCCAGCCGUAACCCCACCUUCAUGUGCCUCGCCCUGCACUGCAUUGCCAACGUGGGCAGCCGUGAGAUGGCCGAGGCCUUCGCUGGAGAGAUCCCACGCAUUCUGGUGGCUGGGGACACCAUGGACAGUGUGAAGCAGUCGGCUGCUUUGUGUCUGCUGCGUCUGUACAAGGCCUCCCCAGACCUGGUCCUGAUGGGGGAGUGGACUUCUCGCGUGGUCCAUCUCCUCAAUGACCAACACAUGGGCGUUGUUACGGCAGCCAUCUCUCUUAUUACGUGUCUCAGCUCGAAGAACCCAGAUGAGUUCAAGACCUGCGUGUCCCUGGCCGUGUCUCGUCUGAGCAGGAUUGUGUCCUCAGCCUCCACUGACCUGCAGGACUACACCUACUACUUUGUCCCAGCGCCGUGGCUGUCCUGCAAGCUGCUACGCCUGCUCCAGUGCUAUCCCCCUCCAGAAGAUGGCGCAGUGAAGGGCCGCCUGGUGGAGUGUCUGGAGACCAUCCUGAACAAGGCCCAGGAGCCGCCCAAGUCCAAGAAGGUGCAGCACUCUAACGCAAAGAACGCCAUUCUGUUCGAGGCCAUCUCCCUCAUCAUCCACUACGACAGUGAGCCCAACCUGCUUGUGAGGGCCUGUAACCAAUUGGGCCAGUUCCUGCAGCACAGAGAGACCAACCUGCGUUACCUAGCUCUGGAGAGCAUGUGCACCUUGGCCAGCUCUGAGUUCUCCCACGAGGCCGUCAAGACCCACAUUGAGACUGUCAUCAAUGCCCUCAAGACUGAGAGAGAUGUGAGUGUUCGCCAGAGGGCCGCCGACCUGCUCUAUGCCAUGUGUGACCGUAGCAAUGCCAAGCAAAUAGUCGCUGAGAUGCUGAGUUACCUGGAGACAGCCGACUACUCCAUCAGAGAAGAGAUGGUGUUGAAAGUGGCCAUCCUGGCAGAGAAGUACGCUGUGGACUACUCCUGGUAUGUGGAUACCAUCCUGAACCUCAUCCGCAUCGCCGGCGACUACGUCAGCGAGGAGGUCUGGUACCGUGUCAUCCAAAUCGUCAUCAACCGUGAUGAUGUACAGGGAUACGCCGCUAAGACUGUUUUUGAGGCGCUGCAGGCCCCAGCUUGUCAUGAGAACAUGGUGAAGGUGGGCGGUUACAUCCUGGGAGAGUUUGGAAACCUCAUCGCUGGGGACCCGCGUUCCAGUCCUCUGGUCCAGUUCAACCUGCUCCACUCUAAGUUCCACCUGUGUUCAGUGCCAACGCGUGCCCUGCUGCUUUCUGCCUACAUCAAGUUCAUCAACUUGUUUCCAGAGACCAAGGCCACCAUCCAGGAGGUGCUUCGUUCUGACAGCCAGAUCAGGAACUCGGACGUGGAGCUGCAGCAGAGGGCUGUGGAGUACCUCAAGCUCUCUUCCAUUGCCAGCACAGAUGUGUUGGCCACUGUGUUGGAGGAGAUGCCCCCAUUCCCAGAGCGGGAGUCAUCCAUCUUGGCCAAGCUGAAGAAGAAGAAGGGUCCGGGCGCUGUGUCGGUGGAACUGGAGGAUGGCAAGGAGAGGGGCGAGCUCAAUGGGGGAGCAGACAGAGGAGGCGAGGCUGCCAUCGCCGCCUCAAAUGCUUCCACCCCAUCACCUUCAUCAGACCUGCUUGGUCUCCGUUCUGCUGCUCCCGUUGGCGGGCCUGCUCCAAGCGCUGGCAGCCUAUUGGUCGAUGUGUUUUCAGAGGCAGGGCCCGCCGCUUCCUCUACCAGAGUGAACGACGAUGGCUUCCUGAGCGCUCUGCACGCUCCCGAGGCCCCUGACUCGCGGUUGGCGGAGGGCCCUGGCGAUGCGGACUCUGCUCCUCCUUCUGCGGCCUCUGAGGAUCCCGCCCCUCCUCUGCCCGAGUCAGACGAGCUUCUCAACAAGUUUGUGUGUAAGAACAACGGGGUUCUGUUUGAGAACCAACUGCUUCAGAUUGGCAUCAAGUCGGAGUAUCGCCAGAACCUGGGGAGGAUGUAUUUGUUUUACGGCAAUAAGACUUCAGUGCAGUUUGUCAGCUUCACCACCACUGUCAGCUGUCCAGGGGAGCUUCAGUCUCAGCUUAACGUUCAGACCAAACCAGUGGAGCCCCUGGUGGAGGGUGGAGCACAGGUGCAGCAGGUUAUCAACAUCGAGUGUCUGACGGACUUUGUCGAUGCACCACUGCUUAACAUCAAGUUCAGGUAUGGGGGAGCCCUGCAGAACAUCACACUCAAGCUGCCCGUCACCAUCAACAAGUUCUUCCAGCCUACAGAGAUGGCCGCUGCAGACUUCUUCCAGCGCUGGAAACAGCUUAGCCAGCCACAGCAAGAAGCACAAAAAAUCUUCAAAGCCAGCCACGGCAUGGACACAGAAGUGCUCAAAGCCAAGUUGCUGGGUUUAGGGACAGCCCUGUUGGAGAACGUGGAUCCUAACCCAGAGAACUAUGUGUGUGCCGGAGUCAUCCAAACCAAGAUCCAACAGGUUGGCUGUCUGUUGAGACUGGAGCCCAACGCGCAGGCACAGCCUGGCGAGCAGAUGUACCGGCUGACGCUCCGCAGCAGCAAGGACACGGUUUCCCAGCGCGUCUGUGACUUGCUGGCGGAACAGUUCUAGAGCCCCCCCCCCAAAAAAAAAAAAUAGUUACCUGAAUAAAGAUUCUAUGAAAAGAAGAAGGAAAAAAAAUUGAAAAAAAAUACAUAAGGGAAAAAAAAGCAGCCAUUGCCUCUUAUCGCAAUGGUCCUAUUAUUCUUGUCCUUGUUAAUCUUGUCACAAUUAUGAUUCCGAUUCUUCUUCUUACUGUUUAUUAUCAUCUGCGCUUCUUGUUUUUAUCGGUGUUUACCUGUGUGCAUGUGCGUGCGUGUGUGUGGGUAUAUGUGCGCGUGUGUGUUCCAGAAUCGUGCCAGUGUGAGUCUCCCAGUCUUCUCCGUCCCACCUGUUCAAGCCCCAUGGGCACCUGUAUUUGUGUUGACAGCUGGUGUUAUGUGCUUUCUGUGUGUUAGGAUUGAUUUGAUUCACAAAAUCUCAAUAUUACAUCAUCUCUGGGAUUGCAUGGGAGGAACACUUCCGUGAACACGCGCACACACACUCACACCUAGGCACACACCUGCAUGUUAUUACACGUUACUGUAUCUAUGUGAAGGAUCCACAUAGGGUCGGUAGCAGUAAAUCACACUAAAGAAACCGGACUUCCAUGUAAGGGUCCAAAACAAAACACUCAACGUCAACAAAAACACCCACAACUUUUCUCCACUCUCUGCCGUCACAACUCCCACUGGUUGUACCUACACCCCAAUGACCUCCAUUGACAUGAGCCCAUAGAAAUUAAUUCUAGCACAUUCCCCAAAGCUUCCAGUUCCGGCUUCGUUCCAUUGGAAAUGGCCAGUGCACUUUAGGUGGUUCUAGGGACUUCAGCCCAUCAGUACCUUCUGACAUGUAUACACAAACUAGCACCCCAACACACACAGACACUGCUGGCGCAUAACCAUACUUUAUAGAAAAGCUCAAAUGAUUCCGUUUCCCUACAUGUAGAAUAUUUUGGGGCAUUUUUUGUUUUAUUUCGACUUGUCUUUUGUUUUUCUUCUAUUAGUUCUGGUGUAAUUUUUAAGUGUUUCUGUACCCUUUUAAUGGUGUACUGUUGCUUCUGUUUUGUGUGGACAUUCCAGUGGGUGUGACUGUAGAGAGAUUGUAAGGCCAGCUGUGUUUAACCUGGAAAUUAAGAGAAGAGAGGGAGAGAGGCGAUGGUGGGGGAGGUGAGCCACAGCAGGGUAGGAAGUCUGGUUUAGUGUUCAUCAGACAGAGGCAAGGUUACUUAAAUCAGUCAUAAAGCCUACUAAAUUCACUGUAAAAAUGACCUAACAGCUAAAAUGGAAUUACACCAUAAAAGCUGAUGUUUUUUGCCACUUGAAGUGCAGGGAUCAUUUAUUGUGAGCUGACACGGUGGUUCAUGACAGUGUAUGGAGAGUUUGUUUGACUGUUAGUAAGCAUUGAGUAGACCCAUUAAUGGAGUUCAGGUGGUAGUUGGGAGAAGACCGAGGCAGAGAGCCAGUCUGCCAAGUUCCGCCAGCACAUGAAGAAUGCCAUGGCAGAGAGCAGGGGCAUUGUAUUCAUUAUUUCUCAGUUUUUUUGGCUGAAAGGAAUGAUGGGAUUGAGGGUGCUGCUUGUUGCUGCAGUCAACCUAAAAAAAGAGUGCCUCAGACCUGCAUCUCUAUAUAGACACACAAACAUACCUUAUAGCAUUAAUUGGGAGAACGUUAUAAUCCAACGAAAUUGCAAUCUUUGAAAACAAACCACCACAAGAUCCUCAACAGCACUUAUCUGUUCAUUUCAGACACAUGCAUGUUCAGUCUUUGAGAAGAAGAACCGCACUAAACCAACUGUCAAACACAAGUACAGGGAAUCGGGUCAUCAGGGGUUGGCAUUGUGCGCUUGUGCUUUGAGUGUGAGUGUGUGAUUAAAAAUAAAAUGUAAGUGAUGUUUAUGAGACAUGGUCAUAUUAGUUUCAACAGGAGUCCCUUAAGCUCCCACCCUGCAGCAUAGGCAGGGCUGUUUGGUCAUUUGUAGUGGAAACUGUAGUCACCUUGUGUGCGUGUGCGUCUAUGCAGUAUCCGCUAGCUAAUGCAGCCCUCUGUAUCGAUGUUAAACCUGUCUGAUACCUGUGUUAGAUUUAAGAUUUACUCUGUACUGAAUAAUGUGAAAGUAAAACUAUGCCAUAUAAUCCA